AUGACAGAGGGAGGGCCAAGCUCGCAGUUAAAACCCUCGCUCUGCCUUCGCUGCUAAUCUCACUCGCAGGCUAUUGCUCUGUGCCACUGCUCUUCCCAUCUGUGCCCGCUGCUCCCUGCCCGCUGCUCCGCCAUGAGCUCUCCCAUUCACAUGCUUGGUGCGCCCUCCGAAGUCGAGCCCGCCACGGCCGAGAUCCAGGCCAUCGCGGACAAGGUGAAGUCCCAGCUGGAGGAGAAGGAAAAGAAGAAGUACCCCACUUUCAAGGCCACGGAGUACAUGAGCCAGCUGGUUCAGGGGACAAACUACUUCAUCAAGGUUCAAGUUGGAGAUAAUGACUUCGUGCACCUUCGAGUGUUUGAAAGUUUCCCUUAUGAAAACAAGGCCUUGGCCUUGCACAAUUAUCAGACCAACAAGACCAAGCAGGACCAGCUGGACUAUUUCUAGUUCUGGAUUUUGAACCCACGUGGUUCUCUGUCACGUGUUCGCGUGCCGGGGUCAUGAACGCCGUCUCUAUCCUGUGCCACUUCGCUGGAGGGGCUGCUCUGCACCAAUCUGGUGUCUCUGCCUUUGACUUUAACAGUGUGUCUUUCCUCCCAAUCAAUGAUCUUAACUAAAUUGCUUUCCAAGAGGACUGAAGUGAUCUCUAAAUAAAUACAUUUUUAAGGUUUUACAAAUUUC